AUGAGACAUCACAUCACACCAGUGAGAAUGGCCUACAUGGAAAAGACUGGAAACAGCAAGGCUGACAAGGGAACCAGCAAUCCCACUCCUCAGCAUUUGUCUGAAGGACAUGAAAACACUAAUAUGAAAGGAUACAUGCACCUCUUAACUGAUAGCUGCACUAUUCACCAUAGUCCAAAGAUCUAUGAAUGGAUGAGUCAGAUCAGUGAGAAGUACAAGGAGGUGGUGACACAGAAUUUCCUAGGAAUGACCUAUGAGACCCGGCCAAUGUAUUAUUUGAAGAUCAGUCAACCAUCCAAUAACCCCAAGAAGAUCAUUUGGAUGGACUGUGGAAUUCAUGCCAGGGAAUGGAUUGCCCCCGCUUUCUGCCAAUGGUUUGUGAAAGAAAUUCUACAAAACUAUGAAAACAAUUCAAAGAUAGGCAUUUUCCUCAGAAACCUGGACUUCUACGUGCUUCCAGUUCUUAACAUCGAUGGUUAUAUCUACUCUUGGACAACUGAUCGGCUUUGGAGGAAGUCCCGUUCAGCACAUAAUAAUGGCACAUGUUUUGGGACUGAUCUCAAUAGAAACUUCAAUGCAUCUUGGUGCAGUAUCGGUGCAUCUAAAGACUGCCAAGAUCUAACUUUCUGUGGAACAGCACCAGUGUCUGAGCCAGAGACCAUAGCCGUUUCCAGCUUCAUAGAGGCCCAUAAGGAAAAUAUUGUGUGCUUCCUGACCAUGCACUCUUAUGGGCAGCUCCUCCUCCUGCCUUAUGGCUACACAAAAAAUAAAUCAAGUAACUAUGAGGAACUGAUCCAAGUUGGACAGAAGGCAGCAAAUGCAUUGAAAGCAAAGCAUGGAACCAAUUAUAGAGUUGGAUCGAGUGCAGACAUUCUAUAUUCCACAUCAGGGUCUUCCAGAGACUGGGCCCUGGACAUUGGCAUCCCUUUCUCGUACACUUUUGAGCUGAGGGACAAUGGAACACAUGGAUUUGUUCUUCCAGAAGAUCAGAUUCAGGCCACCUGCGAGGAGACCAUGGAUGCUGUGCUCUCCAUCCUAGAAGAUAUGCACGGGAAAUACAAGGGUUCAAACAGUGCUGGGAAGGUGACACCUACCACUGUGGUGCUGAGUCUGCUACUGCCUUUCAUUUUUCUUCUCUAAGCCCAGCCUAUCCAGACCAACUCAAGCCUGUCUCAUCUGUGACCAUAGAGAAGGAAUUUGUCUGUGGUUACAGAGGGACCAAAUAAAUUUUUAAAAAGUCUUAUUUUAAUACAGACAAUUUGUGCUUGUGUUUUUAAUGUUUGCUUUGCUGGUCAUUGUUUUGUAUUAAUUUAAUAAACUAUAAUUCUAGUGA